UUUAUCGUGUAAAUACGAAUUCUUCAUUGUAAAAUGUUAAUCAAUAAAUCAUUUUUAAGUUGAUGUUGCUGAAAUGUUGAAUUGUGUUUUGUUUGGAACUGAAUUGAAUGCCAAAAUUAAGAAGAGCAAAAGAAUAGAAAGUCCUUUGCAGCAAUCAACCAAGGAAGAUGUCUCGGAAGAAGAAUCAAAGUCAACAGUAUAUGUAUUUUACAAAGCAAAGUAUUUCCAAGCUUUUCAUUAUUGCUACAAACUUGCAAGGGACUGUAGACGUCGUAUAGAAAAGAUAAUAAAAAGCAGUGACGUAGAAGAUGUAAUGCAUGAAGACCUCUAUAUCAGAAUAGGAAUUGUGGGAAAAUUAAUUGAUGCCGAUUAUAAAUUAAUAUCGGAAGGAAGAGCGAAGAAAGAAUUGCCAGAAGAUGGACAUAUUUGGACUGCAUCUCCUCUACUUUGCUUUCAAAAUGAUUUAUCACCAUCAACGGCAUUACAGUUGCUGAUAUUGAAAAAAGAAAUUAGAUGCAACACUGUUAUUAUAACCAAAUGCAGUGACGACAAAAAUGACAAAGCAGAUAUGUCCAAUCCAAAAAAUAUUCACACAGAAGAAGAACUUCUUAGAACCAUAACUACUUGCUUAAAUAAACCGUUAAAAGAAAUGUUAGAGCGUUGGUUGGCAAAUCUCGAUACUGAGGUUUCAAGCAAGCAAGCAGCUGGAAUCAAGGCUGAAGUAGAAGCUAUCCGUAAACAGAUGGAAUUUGAUGAUUGCAACGAAUCAGCUUCUAUUUCUGUAUCACCGGUUGUGAGUACCACAUAUGUUGUACCAGACGAUGUAAAGAAUUACCUUUUCAGUAACUCAGAAGUUUACUCAUUUGGAAUAUGGAUGGAUUCAUCAUUCAAAGUAUUUGUCAAGAAUGAUACCGAUGAAAAAACGUUGAUGGAUAAACUUAUGAACUUAAACCAAGCCUUUAUUGAAAAAUAUCAUCUUGAAAUUGAAAAAAGAAAAAUAGCUCUGAAACAGACCCUGAAACAAGGUGAUUCAAUACAGGCAAAGGCACACAGUGACGACAAUGAAUAUUGUGAAGGUACACUUGGAGGGUUUGUAAUAAAAGUUGAUGAUAAGAAGAAGAUAUAUGCCUUGACUUGUAAUCAUUUAUUUCCAGAACCAAAUCAACUUGCCUAUAUAGAAGAUAAUCAAAACAUCAAAGAAAUUGGAUUUUGUGUUUAUACAACAAGGGAAAAAUCCUGUGAUUUUGCUGCUAUCGAAAUAAAUGACGCCUUUGUAAGUAAGUGCGACAUAGCUUUAAGAAGAGAUGAUAAAAAGAAAACCAACGCAAAAGUAAAUACCAAAGAGUUAAAGAAUGUUGGCAUCGUGCACAAAAUAGGAAAGGCAACGGACGUGACCACCGGAAUGGUCCUCAGUCCCGAAUAUUAUGAUAAAGUAAUGAACGACAGCAACCGUGGAUACAUUUUCCUAGUGAAGGGCACAGACGGACAGUUUUCUGAAAAAGGUGACAGUGGAUCGCUUGUUUUUUGCAGACCGAGAAGUGCGCAACAAACCCACGUUGAUAUUCUGGGCAUUGUUUAUGGCAAUAACCUCAUAGUUCAUGAUGAUGAUGAUGAUGAUGAUGACGAACGGACCAAACAUUCCCCAAGUGAGGGUGCUGUAGAAACAAAGUCAGACGCCGAAAAUACUGAUAAUGGCCAAUACCCCGAAAAUAUCUCGUGUUGUUAUCGGAUUGACACAGCACUUGAACUAUUUAAAAAGAACUAUAGUAAGACAUUUGAAGUGAAAUUUCAAGAUGACUUGCCAUUGACCUCUUUGUCACAAUCAGCAAACUCAGAUGAUUCAAACGAGGAUCAUUCAGAGUAAAAUCAAAAGCAAAGAAUUUAUUUGUUUUGGCUAAAAUGUGUUGUACAAUUUAUUUACCCGUUGACUUAGAUCCAAACACAGGACAGAAAUGCAAACGAAAACUCAAUCAUUAAAAUGAUAAGUCUUUGAUAACAACUUAAGUUUUUCUAAUGAUUCUGUUUUUAAUCGUACAUUGAAAUACAUGUCGUUGAUAUGUUUAUAUAUUUUUUUUAUAGAUCACUUAAUAUAGAUUUGCAAUUGAAAGAAAAAACCCAUCAUUUAUAUUAUCUUGUAAAAUGUAAGGUUGCAACCUGUGUAAUUUAUGGACUCGUGUCUGUACAUAUUUACACGAAUGUUCUGUUACGUUUUCAUUAAAAAAGGUUUUUUAAUUGUCAAUUUUAAUCCAAAUGUAUCUAGACUUAAUGGAU